ACAAUCAAUCCGCUCUCCCAACCCACAAAAUCGCCAAAUCAAACAACCAAACAGACAAAACCCCGCCGCCCGCACUCCACAAUGGUGAAAUCUCAAUCUCCCACUUCCUCCUCCAACUCCUCCUCCGCCGCCACCACCACUAUCUCUGGCGGCCAGAAACGCAGAAACCAGAAGCAGUUCAAAGGAGUAAGAAUGCGAAGCUGGGGCUCAUGGGUCUCCGAAAUCAGAGCCCCAAAUCAAAAGACUCGCAUUUGGCUCGGCUCUUACUCCACCCCUGAAGCCGCCGCCAGGGCUUACGACGCCGCACUUCUCUGCCUCAAAGGCUCCUCCGCCUCCCUCAACUUUCCCCUCUCCUCCCCUCACCAACCCCCUUCCUCCCUCCUCUCCCCCAAAUCCAUUCAACGCAUCGCCGCCGCCGCCGCCGCCACCACCGCCGCCUCCGCCGUUGCAGAGGAUGAAAUAUCGUCAUCACCUCCACCGGCGGAUAGUUUGGUGGACUUCGGAGCUUUCCAGUCGCCUAAAUGCUUCAUGGAUCCGACUUGGAACCCGUUUGGGUUCUUCACUCCUUUACAUCAAGCAGAGGAGUUUGAUGAGAUUGGGGAUCUUAGUCUCUGGAGCUUCUGCUAAUGGUUUCCUUAAUUACGGAUUAGUAAAUUUCAUUAUUUUUUUUUUAAUUCUUAAGAGCAAGAGACUGACUUUGCAGUAUGGGAGGAAAUAGUUUGGUGUCAAUGGAGCUGCUGAAAUUUGGGGGACUAGUUCCUUUGGGGGUUACUUUUUGAGGGUGGUUUAAUUGUCAUGAUUCAUUCGGUGAUUUAGGUAUAUUUGUAAUAGUUUUACUUGAGAGAGUAAUAUAGAGGGUUUAUUGUCAUAAUAGUAGAAAUAAGGAGUGGAAGAUGAACUUGGUGCUCAUUUGUUCAGGCUGCUUUGUUUUGUUUUGUUUAAUUAUGCAGGAUUUGGGGGAAUGGAAGGAUUUU